AUGACGUUUAACAUCGACAAAUUUAUAAGAACCCUAGCAUGGUUCCUUGUGGUGAACGUCACCGUGGUCUCUUACGCCGGAAGGUCAAAUUUCGUCACAACAGAGCUGAAUAUACGUAAUGAAAUGCAAGGCUUGAAACGUCCAGAGAUCGUUUACCAUUGUAAAUCUAUAAAUACUGGCCUUGAUUAUGGAUGGCGACGAGCCAAAAAGCCACCAUACGGACAUUCUUUCCAUGUUCUCUUGGAAGGCGGCCAAAAAUUGGAGGAGGAGAUUCACCGGUGCCAUUUCCGGUCGGUGCUCGGUACAGCAAAUGUCGAUAUCCGUAUGACCGCGAUCAAUGCCGAGAUUUGUAAUUAUAAAAAGGAAUGUGCCGUUCACAAGGUCACACCGGAAGGGAUAAUGUAUGAUGGUAAAGAAUGGGAUUUUUCGGAGAGGUAUCCUAAACUGAUACCUCGGAAAUACCUCGAAGGUAAGUGGAAGCCUUGGCCGCGGCGCAGUAGCAGUCGUGGCCGCGGCAGACUGGGAAGCCAAAGUCGAUCAGGGGGUUCACAAUGA